AUGAGAAGCUCAUCGUUUGCGUAUGGUACCGAUGAAGUGACUCCGAUGAUGUCAUCGGAAAGUUCGUUGAAGAACAAUGGCACCAUAGUGGCAAUGACGGCGAUUUCACCAGAGAAAGGUUCCGUCGAGAUCUACCCUUCUCGCACCGGCAAACAUUUUCGUCAUUUUUACAUCCUUGUAUGCGUCCUCCUUCUGUUCAUGCUUGCUGGGAUCAUCUUAUCAGCGAUUGUAGCCGUAAGGCUUGGCCAUAUGGAGAGGCAAGUGCAGAAAGCGCAGGUACAACUGCCGCAGAACGUUAAGGAGGCUCUAGACAAGUUGAAGCUACCGACAGGGUGGGAAAAUUAUAUUCCUCGCCCUUCUGCCCCACCAAUAUCUCCCGACGUUCCGCCAAUACAAGCCGAAGUUCAUGAACCUGAACCGGAACAACAGACGCAAGCCUACCCACAAGUGAAAGGAUGUCCAGGGCAAUGCAAGCGUAAGGACUUUCUUAAACCGCCGUUGGUAGUCUUAUCGUUGGAUGGCUUUGCUCGUGAAUAUCUGGAUCGUUUCACUGUUGCAGCACUUGAUUACAUUGCAAAAUGUGGAGCAAAAGCCGAAAGAGUGUAUCCACCAUUCCCAUCGAGGACGUUCCCAAGCCAUUACACCAUGGUGACAGGGCUAUAUCCAGAAUCACACGGCAUAGUUGACAACAACAUCUUUGACCCGAACAUUUCGGACAAGAUAGAAAGUAUGAAGCGAGGAGAUGUGGACGGCUACUAUCAAGGCGACCCGAUCUGGAACAUAUACAAACGACAUGGUGGUAAAACGGCUUGCCUAUAUUGGGUUGGAUGUGGCUUCAAUAUUUCAGGUCUUCGUCCAGAUAUAUCACCUCCCUAUAACAAAGACCUGCCAUUCAGGAACCGAUUUGAAAUGAUUGUUGAUUGGUUGUUGAUGCCUCAAGAGAGUCGUCCAGGUUUGAUUACUGCCUACCUCGACCAACCGGAUACCGCAGGACACUAUCAACUAGAUGAUAAAGAUAUUGAAUCUCAAAUCGCCAUCAUAGACAGGAAUCUUAGAUAUUUGAUCGACACCUUGGAUGAAAAUGGUCUUCUCUCCUGCAUCAAUCUAGUUAUCGUUUCCGACCAUGGUAUGCAGCUAACGAAUAGCACACAAUAUAUCUCGGAUUCUAUCAAUGAUCCUGAAAUAAUAUCUGCAUCUGGAGUGAUUGGAAGAGUUUAUAAACACAGAUCAGCAGCGCCUGUGAGUCAAUUAAUGAGACCGUUUGAAUGUGAUCAAGGAAAAAAGUGGAAAGUGUACCAAAGAAGCACUAUACCAACAAGGAAACACUAUCAGAAAACGAAAAGAGUUGGCGACAUUAUUGUUGAAGGAAACUUGGGGACGUCGUUUUACAGCACUCCUGCAGACGAUUGGCAUCUUAGCGCUGAUCAUGGCUAUGAUUACAUACGAUCACCUAUGCAAACCAUAUUUUUCGCUAUGGGACCAUCUAUUAAGAAGGGUGUGGUGUUGCCAGCCUUUCAAAACAUCGAGUACUUGAAUUUAUGGAUGGAUCUCCUGGAACUACCUCAUGACACCCCUAAUAAUGGAACUCUAGGCAUUAUGGACGACAUCCUAGUUCAUCCACCUUUCAGGACUCCUCAGUUUCACUUCCCUAUCUCGGAAUGCUUGGCAAUAGGCGUUCCUGGUGCCGUUGAUUGUGGCUCAUGCUCUGCGGAACAACUUAAUCGACUGAAUGCCAAAUUGUCGUGUGCUUUUCCUCCAAGUUUUCCAUUUCAACUAUCGUCCACUACGCCACGGUGCAUUCAGAAUUAUUGUGAAAAGUCUAUAAUUACUAGCGGUGAAAUAGGAUCUACUGUCACCGUGGUUGAAAGGAUGAAGAAAGAAGAGACGAAUGCUUCGAAUACUUGCGAAUUUAUUAACUCAAAGUACGGUAACCUGUGUUGGGAUCGAAUCAACGCGACAGGUGUCGUCAGGAGAACGCUCUCAGCAGACCUUGGUUCAGAACUUGCUAAUAUUCGAUCUAUUGUGACAACCUGGAACAGUGGAUUUGUCAACGACAUUCUUGAUCCCCUGAAUGAGUACACUCGAUCUCUUGCCUUGAAGCUCGGACAAAUCAUUUCUCUUACUGGAACUGCGUUUGACUACAACUAUGACGGUGUUGCCGACACAAAGACAAGCUCAUCUCCAUCACAUAUUUAUCGAGUAUUAAUCGCUUGUGCUGGACCGUGGUCCGUAGACGGAGCAUCAUGCGUGAACUCCUCGGACACGAUGGUGCUCUCGUUCAUAUUUCCCGUCAUGGAGAAGGACUUUAACUGUCUUCCGAAGGGCGAGCUGCUAUUGGACUACACGGCACGGUUGCUGGACGUUGAGUUAAUAACUGGACUAAGGUUCCUGUUCCCAGGCCUAUCCCAGAUGCAUACUCUACAAUUGAAAACGCAUAUUAGCACCGACAUUUGGUAA